AUGUUAACAGAGUUCCACACGGCGGCCACCCCGCCGCAGUCGUACGCUGCCACCAUGUUCUCGCCAUUCGAGCGCCGCUGCCGUCCAGAGAGGAAGGAUUAUCAAACGAAUAGGAUGCUACACCCUUUCCCGUCCCGACUCCGGAUCUCGCUGUCAUCUUGCUCCGCCGACGUCAACAUCCAUCCUCUAUCGAUAUCCGGAUGGCAUGAUGUCCGAAAAGUAGAUAGACAUACUCUACUAUCCAGAAUAAGGAGCACGUUCAAUGAGGACACUGCUGCUGGGAUAGGAUAUGGUUCUGUUGGUAACUGUUGUGGUACUGUGGUUAACUGUUGA